AAUUAACCCGCUAUACAGUAUAUAAGAAUUGUUUUUAUUGUGUAAUAUCAGGUCAUGGCUGGGCAGCAUUGCUUAUAGCUGGAAACGAUAGAAGGGAUACUGUAGCAAAAUCAUUUAAAGAAGAUGUUAAAGAAGUACACAAAGUGAUUAUAUCGAAAUGUCCACUGGUAAUGGGAGUCAGAGCUGACCAUGUGCAGACAGUGCACCCAGAGAUACCAGGGCAGCAAGAUAAUAUACUAGAUAAAAUUAAAAAGUCUGUUACAAAUUUGACAAACAUUAGUGGUAUUCAUACAUUGCUUGUGUAUCUCUCUGGUCAUUAUAAGCCACUGAAGGGUGGAUUUGAACUGAGUCAUUAUAAUUCAGUGGAGGGAGAACUUCAGAAAGAGACAACAUUCCAGUAUCUUUCAUUGAAAGGAUUGCAAGAUAUAAUUGUUACCAUUUUAAAUGGGUCAGCAUCUGUCAGAGAAGGACAUACAGCCUCAAAGCGUGCAAUAGUAUUUUUAGACUGUUGUUCAGCUCCAGCAGUUACAACACCAUCCGUAGAGAACGUACUUCCAAGUGACAGUGAACAACAGUCUUCAGCCAACCUUUCACAAGCUGCUUCGGGAGACGCAAAUUCUCAGGAAAAGUGUAGCUGGAUUGAAGAGCUAUCUGCUUUUAAACUGGAUCCAGACAUUAGCAUCGUGGCAAUCAAUGCAUGUAGGUCAGACCAGUAUUCUUUUCAAGAAAAAGGAGGGAGUGUAUUUAGAAGAUUUCUUAUUCAAGGCCUUACCAGGGUUGCGCUUGGAGGAGUUUGUGAGAUUGAUCAAUGUGAUCACUGUCAUAUAUCAGGGGAUUUUGUGACGGUUGGAAACUUGCAUACCUACAUAUCAGAUCAUCUGACGAAAUUUCGUAAAAUGUAUCCCAGUGACCCUGUCAUGAAUGUCUACAAUGCUAGUGGUCUUGAUGCAAAGAUAGGCUAUGUUAUUAACUUCAAAGCUGAUUUACAGUUUACUUACAGGUUAAAGGAGAAAGUGAUUGCUGAUACAAUUCCACAAAGAAUGUUUAGUGAGCUAUCUGAACUGCAAAGUUUGCUGUUUGACAGAUAUGUAGAGAAAAUGGAGCUUGAUGUUGGUGAAACCCUAAAGCUAAGUAAUGCAGAUUUUAAUGGCAUUCUGUGUGUGGAAGUUGAGAAGGGGCCUAAGAGCCACCAGAGGGAUAGAUUGGAAAGCUUAGAUAGAAUAAUGACGGCUUGGAAUGCUAAACGAGAACUUGUAGUCUCAUUAAGAACCUUGCCUGAAAUUUACAGAGGCAUGGUCGGGAUAUUUAUGCCCUUUGGUGAGACCGUGAUGCCAGUUUUAGAUUUCCUGUUAAAGAGUACUUGUGUCGGGACAGAAGAAAAGGAUCACGCUACAAUUUUUAAGACAAAACUUGGUGAAGACUUUGACAAGCUUUCAGAUGAUGCAAAUGAUGAACAGACAAGUACUGCAAUGGAAAAAUUCAGUGAACAUCUAAUAAAUCUUGAUGAUGCCUUGCAAAAAUGUCCAGAGAUGACGAAACACUACAACUGUGUUGUGUGUAACAAACGAACCAAACCAAAGGAAAGACGCAUUAUAAACAAAGAUGUGAAGAAAUACCUCAGAAAGGCAUUAUUUAUCGAUCUCAGUUCAGAAAAAGAUAUCAUAUGCAACAAAUGUAAACACAAGUAUUACACGUAUGAUAUAUGUACAAAGUCUAAGCAAAACAAUAGCAAGAGAGAUUCUCAGUCUACCAGGGAUGCAGAUUUUCACCCAACCACUUCAAAUUCAUCUGUUCCUGCAGCCAGUCCACCUUCGGUAAAGUUAAAUAUACCAUCUACACCAAAAACACAUGCACGGUGUUUGGCAUGCAAGAAACCAGGACCUAAACUUAUAGUUAUUUCGGCACCUGCCCGAUUUGCUGCAUUUCUUCAUCAUAAUGUUAUAAUUCCUGCUGGAGCAAGAUGCUGUCCAAGUCACAUUGAAGAAAAAACAUGUAUGCUUAGACCAGAGUGUUUACGAAAUAUACCAGUUACAGAGCAAUCGUUUAUGAAUAGAACAACUAUUCUGAAUUUACUGAAGCAAAUGAGAGAAAUGUGCUGUAAGAAACAAAACACAUUGGACUUUGACAAUAUAAAGGAUGAAGAAAUGAGAAAUCUAACUGGACUUAGUCUCGAACAGUUCAAUGAUUUAUUCUCACACAUAAAGGACAAAGUAAAAGCUACACCGGCACGGACAAGUCGGACAUCGGUAGGGCUGCUUUUAUUAAAACUACGGUCCGGAAUGUCUAAUAAAUUGUUAAGCAACACUUUUCAGGGUAAGUAA